AUGUUGUUACAGGAUAUAAAUUAUAGAGCAAUGGUGAUACUGAAAGCGAAAAUGGUUGUUAAUAAGAGAUUAAUACAACCGCUUUUAAACGGAAAAACCCCAUGGCAAUUUGCACAGAGAAUAUUUCUUAACUGCUUCUUCAUUGUUCUUUGGGCAGCUUCCACACUCUUCAUAGAUCAUAUACCGCGAUCUGAGUUUAUAAUGAUCAAGUUUUUGCUAAGAUUGGAUAAUUAUUUGUUCAACCCUUCAUCAUCAUAUAUUGGACUGUUUACAUUUUUACUUGUAUUAUUUUCGGGAAGUUGGUUAUUGUAUGUGAAAUAUUAUUCAAAGCCUUUAGUUCAGAAUUCAAUACAAGAUGAUGGAGCAGGAGACUACGAACUAUUAAAUCUUCCGCUAGGUGCUAAUGAAUUUAACGAUGAUAGUAUCAACAAUAAGAGACUUGUAAACCAUAUCAAGCAUUCACAUUCUUGGAAGCCAUACAAUUGCUGGAGUCAAGGCCCUCCCAUUUUGCUAGCAUGUUCCUGGUUUAUUUUGAACCUCUUGUUCACGUUAAAGUUGCCCAUAAAUAAAGCAAAAAACUUAAUCGCUUGGAUAUUCUAUGUCAUACUACACUUCUUAGUACCAAUAUUCGUUGGGUUUUGGCUCUAUUUGUUUCAGCCAUCAGGUGCUCUUGGUAUUUAUGCUGUUAGUAUCGGGUUGCAGAAUAUGUUGAUCGCAUUCACACAUCUCAUCUUUCCCAACGCCCCCCCAUUGUAUAUUAAAUUAUAUGGAGAAAACAAACAACCAACUUAUGAUAUGAUAUAUGCCGAUGGAAUAACAAGACAAGAUAUGAAGAUUGGCCAAAGGAUUUAUAAAGCUGUUUACUACGCUACACCACAUAAAUUUGCAUCAUUGCCCUCAAUACAUUCUUCAAUGACUUCAUUAAUCUUCUUUUAUGUUAGCUAUUAUUCUAGAUGGACUUUAUUCAAGAUACUAGCAUUUGUCUAUCUAUUAGGGCAGUGGUGGUCAGCCCUAUAUUUGGAUCAUCAUUGGAGGUUUGAUUUGUUGGUUGGCUUGGUUUAUUCUAUUCUUGUAUUCACGUUUUUUAGAAUAUGCAGAAAUGGCUUGGGAAGAGUGGAUGAGAAUUUUAUAAGAGCAAGACUAAGGCACGAUUUUAAAGGCAGUAGUACCAUGGGAAUGAGGAUUUUUAAAAAUACAAGAUUUCAAAAUCUUUUUGACCCUCUAGCAUAG